GGGCCGCAGCGAUUGGCCGGUGUCGUGCGGCGCAUCGGGAGGGGCGGAAGGUUCUGGAGGGCUGGCGGGAUCUGGAAGCUUCCGCCGGACGGGUAUAUAGAGUCCGGGACGGGGCAGCAGCGGAGCCGGAGGCGGCGACAGCUGGGCGGCGGUGGCCAUGGGCAAGGACUACUAUCAGACGCUGGGCCUGGCCCGCGGCGCGUCCGACGACGAGAUCAAGCGAGCCUACCGCCGCCAGGCGCUGCGCUACCACCCGGACAAGAACAAGGAGCCCGGCGCUGAGGAGAAGUUCAAGGAGAUCGCCGAGGCCUACGACGUGCUCAGCGACCCGCGCAAGCGCGAGAUUUUCGACCGCUAUGGAGAGGAAGGCCUGAAGGGUGGUAGCCCCAGUGGAGGAAGCAGUGGUGGUGCUAAUGGUACCUCUUUCAGCUACACAUUCCACGGAGACCCCCAUGCCAUGUUUGCUGAGUUCUUCGGUGGCAGAAACCCCUUUGAUACCUUUUUUGGGCAGCGCAACGGGGAAGAAGGCAUGGACAUUGAUGACACAUUCUCUAGCUUUCCAAUGGGUAUGGGUGGCUUCACCAACAUGAACUUUGGACGUUCCCGCCCUUCUCAAGAGCCCACCCGGAAGAAGCAAGAUCCUCCAGUCACCCAUGACCUUCGGGUCUCCCUUGAAGAGAUCUACAGCGGCUGUACCAAGAAGAUGAAAAUCUCCCACAAGCGGCUGAACCCUGAUGGAAAGAGCAUUCGAAAUGAAGAUAAGAUCCUGACCAUCGAAGUGAAGAGGGGCUGGAAAGAAGGGACCAAAAUCACCUUUCCCAAGGAAGGGGACCAGACCUCGAACAACAUUCCAGCAGACAUCGUCUUUGUUUUAAAGGACAAGCCACACAAUAUCUUCAAGAGAGAUGGUUCUGAUGUCAUCUAUCCAGCCAGGAUUAGCCUUCGGGAGGCUCUCUGUGGUUGCACUGUGAAUGUCCCUACUCUGGACGGCAGGACCAUCCCUGUUGUAUUCAAAGAUGUCAUCAGGCCUGGUAUGCGGCGGAAAGUCCCUGGAGAAGGCCUCCCUCUCCCCAAAACACCUGAGAAACGUGGAGACCUUGUUAUCGAGUUUGAAGUGAUCUUCCCGGAAAGGAUUCCCGUCUCAUCCAGAACCAUCCUGGAGCAGGUUCUUCCCAUAUAGCCACCUGCACUCCUCAAGGACUGAGCCAGGGGCUUUCAGAGCUGCAGAUCUCCAGACCGUUCCACUGGUUGCAUACUGCGGGAGGGCCCAGGGAGGGCUUUUGCUCUGCCGAAUGUUUUCCACAGAAUAUAUUACAAUCUUUCAAAGUCGCGCACUAGACUACAGUGGUUUUUCGAGCGAUAGGCAGGCGGUGGGAACAGCAGCCCUCCUGGAAUGGACCCACCCUCUGCACCCCAGCUCCUGCCCAAGGGUGUGAGGCAGGCCUGCAACUGGACUCUUGCCCUCUGUUGUCCUUAGUCUGGCUGUCAUGUGACAGUGGUCCGCCAUCUCAGUUGCCAGACCCUGUGCACUAGUCAGUCUCCACUGUGUGGGAGGUUCUUGUUUUAUCUGUAUUUGUCCCAUGCCUUGUUCCUCCUCCCCAGAAGAGUCCUGUCUUGUCUUGGCCAUCUCAAAUUGAGACCAAUUCCCUAGGACUGCCAGGCCAGCAUCACAAGCAAUACCUGGUUGCAGGACCACAGGGCCAGCCUCCUUCCAGGUUCUGGGGCCUGGCCAGCCAGGAGAUCCCCUGGACCUCUGGCUCCAUUGACAUCAGAUGGCUGGCUUACAGUCACAGUACUUGCUGGUCCAGAGGUAGACCUUGGCCACACCUGGCACUUCUCAGAGGCACAGGUGAUUUUGUGUGUGUGUGUGUGUGUGUGUGUGUGUGUGUGUGUGUGUGUGUGUGUGUAAUGGACUCUGAACUCUAGAAGGAUACAAUCCUUUUGGAUUUUGCACAGUCCUAGAUCUAAUCCCUUUUGAUAAAAGGGUCUUUGCUUCUGAUGAAAGGAGCACUGUGGAACGUAUGUAAAUAUGUUUUUAUAAUUCCAUUGGAAGCUGGUGUGCACUCAGACGAAAGCAGUCCCUGUCAACUACUGUCCAGGGCUGUGAUGGGAUCAGACCUGGGCGUGAAAGUAUCUGUUCUUUGGAGCUAGCCUGGUGUUCUGACCAUUCAACUCAUUGUAAGUUGCCACUACCAACACAAGACCAAAGUGUGUGACUUGUCAUUAUGCAGUGUGACAGCAUUAAAGACUGAUGCUAAACCUCAGGGGAGCAGUCCUUCGACUCUGUUUGAGGGCUUUGCUGGGGGGAGGAGCGGCAUGGUUACUGUUCUCAUUCUCAAAAGAAAGCUCUGUUUCCCUUCCUGGGACACAUUGGUUUCCCGUUCAGGACCCCAGCAUCACUGUGGUGACGGUUGGGGUAGGAGCCCGCCCUGAGUGCCUUUUCUACCUUGCAAGCUCCUGGCCACAUCUGGGGACCUAGUAACCACCAGGGCUGAGGAUUACAGUGCCAUCUGCCUGAAUUCCCCCUUCCAACUUGGUAGGGUAGGCUAGGCUAGCCUAGAGCUAGGAUGCACCUGCCCAGAGUUGGCUGCUCUGGGGAGAAACCCACUUCCUUUCCCCACUUGAUAGGGGUGUCUGAGAACUUCUUUGAAGAGGUAGGUUGAUUAUAGAGCAAUGUGUUGGUUUUGUCUCUGUGUUCUGGUGGUUCUGGUUGUGGAGCCCAGGGUUUUUCUUCUCCAGCUGACUACAGCUACCAGCCAUGCUGCAGUCUGCUCAACAGUAAAACCUGUCUAAGAAAUUGUAACAUAGAAAGAUAAUCCCAGAGCCAGAUGUGACCUCUGUAAACUCAACACUGGGAAGGCUAAGCCCAGAAGUAGUUGGAAAUCUGUCUAAGCUAUGGUAGAGUAUUGAUCCAGCCUAUGUAAGUCUACCUAAGAGCUGCUUUCCCUUACCACCAAAGGCAACUCUGGAAUGUUUGUUGUUGUUUAAUAAAAUAGUUCCUCUAGUCUCCCUAA